AUGGUUUUCUUAUUCCUUUCUUGUCAAAUAAAUUGUCAUCUUCUUCGCUGUCGUCAUCAUCGUCAUCGUUGUUGUUAUCAUCGUCGUCAUCAUCUCUAUUAUUAUCGCUUUCCUUACUGUCUUGGUUGUCAUCUUUAUUGUCAUCGUCGUCGUCAUCGUCAUCUUCAUCGUCACUUCGGUUAA